CAUGCAUCAUAUUGCAUUCAUAAAAAGUGUCAAAAUCAAGUCUCAUACUCUCCUCAUUUCUGCCUCAGAAAAGCAAAGUGGCCCGGCGUAUUCAGUACAAACCCACUCGCAUUCACAACACUCGAGUUCAUAUCAAGAAGAGGAUGUUAGCGGCAGAACAAGAAAACGCUCAGCUCAGAGAGGAACUGGUUAACCUCAAGGGAGAGAUGGAAAGAAUGGCACUUAUGAUGGAAACUAUGAUGGCUGAGAGAGAGCAAGCAGCAAUCUCCAAUUCAACUCCUGUUGUGGUCGUCACAGCUGCACCUGAGGGUCCCCCGCAACCAUCUCCGACUAUUACUACAACUAUCGGCCUCACUCAGCCUCUGAGGACUGAUUUUUCUUCUGGUAAUUUGGCAACUAUGGGUAACUCAGGCUUCCGUCCUCUUGGCCCCCAGGGUCCCUUUGCUACUCCUCAGUAUUCCAUGCCUUCAGGCUACCCUUGGGGCAUGCCGAUUGCAACUAACGGGGGUUUUGGUCCAGGUGCUACUGAAAUGCCAUUCACACAGGGUCAACAGACUUCGGCACAUUUCCAGAUGAGUCAACCGAUUCCGCAAGCUACCAUGACUCAAGCAGGUCCUACUGUGCAUGUUGGGCCACAACAUGAAGAGCAGAUUUAUCACUCCGACAGUAUAAUGGGGGAUGAUAAAGCAAUCGAUUGGGAAGAAAGGUUCGGUGCUCUAGAGAAGAAGAUGAGUAAUAUGCGGGGGAAGGAAACAGUCGUCCAAAGCAUAUAUGACCUUUGCUUAGUACCAGAUGUAAACAUACCUCCAAAGUUCAAGAUGCCUGUAUUUGAGAAGUAUCAAGGGGACACGUGUCCACAAAAUCAUCUAACUAUGUAUAUUAGGAAGAUGAUAGCUUACAAGAAUAAUGUUCCCUUACUCAUUCACUGCUUCCAGGAUAGUUUGACUGGUCCGGCACAUACCUGGUUCAUGGGGUUGAAAGGAGUCACUACUUUUGAACAGUUGGCUGAGGCCUUCAUGCAACAGUACAAAUAUAAUACCUAUCUGGCGCCAAGUCGCAAAGAGUUGCAGUCCUUAACCCAGAAAGAUAAAGAAUCGUUCAAAGAAUACGCACAACGCUUCAUUCAAAAAGCUGCUCAGAUUCGUCCUCCCUUAGAUGAGAGGGAACUUUCAGAAUUGUUCUAUGAAACCCUGAGCCCUUGUUAUUCAGAAAAGAUGAUUGUCUGUGCAUCACAGAAGUUCACUGACUUGGUGGAAACAGGAAUGCGUAUCGAGGAGUGGGCUCGUAAGGGAGCAGCUGUUUCGGGAAGUUCUUCAGGUGGUUCUUUAGGGGUUCCGUCCAAUGGUAAUAAGAAAUUUGGGAAUGGUUACCCAAAGAGGAAUGCUCAAGAGGUUGGCAUGGUGGCUCAUGGAGGACCUCAGCCCGUGUACCCAAAUCACCCCUUUGUUGCCAACAUCACCCCACAAAUGACCGCACCCCAGAACCCAAACUAUCAAUCACCCAGACCUCAAGGACCUGCACCAUACUACCCCCCAUUAUACCAACCACUAUACAACCUACAACAAUUCCCUCAACAACCAUAUUACCCCCAACAACCAUACCAACAACCCCGUCCUCAGGCUCCUCACAAUCAGCAGAAUCAAAGGCAACAAUUUGACCCCUUGCCAAUGACCUAUGGAGCAUUGCUCCCUUCUUUACUUGCACAGAAUCUGGUCCAAACAAUACCACCUCCUCGCAUUCCAGACCCUCUCCCACGCUGGUACCGUCCGGACCUUCAUUGUAUUUACCAUCAAGGGGCACCAGGCCAUGAUGUGGAGCGUUGUUUUGCUCUUAAGAAAGAGGUUCAGAAACUGAUAAGUAGCAAAGAGUUAACCUUCACCGACCCUGAUGCUGUAGCUCAGAACAAUCCUCUGCCUACUCAUGGGCCUGCUGUUAAUAUGAUUCAAGACGAUCAGGAAGAGGCUCGCAUUCUCUCUGUAGGUGAUAUCAAGACUCCUCUGGUACCGAUACAUGUGAAAAUGUGUAAAGCAACUCUCUUCAACCACAAUCAUGAAGCUUGUGAUAUAUGUUUGAUGGAUCCUCGUGGAUGUAUACAAGUCCAGAAUGAUGUGCAGGGUCUCCUAAUUAGAAGGGAACUUGUGGUUACAAGGGAACCCGAGAGCAAGGACGUCUGUGUUGUCACUCCGGUAUUCAGAGCCAGGAGGCCGCUGGUGAUAAACCCCAACAGUACAAAGCCCGUUGGUACUCCCUUGGUAAUCUGUGUGCCUAGGCCCACGCCUACUACUGCUCAGAAAGCUGUACCCUACAAGUAUGAAGGCACGAUUCUAGAGCCCGGAAGUGAGACAACUUCACCUGUUGCUGUGGAUAAUAUCGCAGAGAAUAGCCGGAUUUUGAGGAGUGGCCGCAUCCUUCCUACGGUGGGUCCGAAGAGUGUUAGUGUUCCGGUCGAUGAGCCAGUAAAAGAGCGAAACGCCGGUAAAGGUAAAGCUGGGGAGCAGGCCAAAGAGUUUGACUUUGAGGAUGCCGAUGAAGUCUUGAAGCUGAUCAAGAAGAGUGAAUACAGGGUGGUGGACCAGCUGUUACAAACUCCUGCGAAGAUUUCCAUCAUGGCCCUGUUGUCAAGUUCUGGUGCUCAUCGGGAUGCCCUGAAGAAAGUACUAGACCAGGCAUUUGUGGAUUAUGAUGUAACUCUGGGUCAAUUCGAAAGCAUUGUGGGGAAUGUGACCGCGUGUAACGGUCUGACUUUCAGUGAUGAAGAUCUCCCGGCGGAGGGGAAUAAGCAUAAUCAGGCAUUACUCAUCUCUGUACUUUGCAGAACGGACUCGUUAUCCAACGUCCUGAUAGAUACCGGCUCUGCACUUAAUGUGAUGCCCAAGUCAACUCUCGACCAAUUGGCGUACUCCGAGGCUCCUUUGAGACUUAGCAAGGUGACGGUGAGGGCCUUCGAUGGAACUAGGAGAUCGGUGUAUGGUGAGGUAGAUUUGCCAAUUUCGGUCGGCCCACAUGAAUUUCAGGUUACUUUCCAAGUCAUGGAAAUCCAGGCUUCUUUCAGCUGUUUGCUCGGCAGACCAUGGAUUCAUGACGCCGGGGCAGUGACAUCUACUCUCCAUCAGAAAUUGAAGUUUGUAAGUCGUGGAAAGUUGAUCACUGUGAGUGGCGAAUCGGCUUUUUUAAUCAGCAAUUUGUCUGCUUUCUCUGUUAUCGGUGGUAGUAGUUCAGACGGGCCAUCAUUCCAAGGGUUCUCUGCCGAAGAAAGUGUCGGUAAGAUUGAGACUUGUAUGGCUUCGUUGAAGGAUGCCCGAAGAGUAAUUCAGGAAGGCAAAACCGAAGGCUGGGGUCAGCUAGUGGAGUUGCCAGAAAACAAGCGUAAAGAGGGAAUUGGUUUCCUUAACAGUAAGCCUGGGAUGUUCGACCCCACCAGAGGUUCUUUCCACAGUGCUGGUUUCAUUCAUGAUUCGCCAGAGACCAAUGCAAUUUUAGAUGAUGCGCCUGGAGGAGUGACACCGGUCUUUGUGACCCCUGGAGGAGCUUGCUGCAACUGGAUUGCUGUUGACAUUCCUUCUGUGACACCCCGCUCUAAACUGAACAUAAGUGAAUCCGUUGAACACAGUGACUCCAUGCUUUCUCCCAACUUUGAGGUCCCGGUUUACGAGGCUGUGGUAGAGGAGGAUGAAGAGAUCCCGAAUGAGAUCAAAUGGAUGUUGGAACAAGAAAGGAAGACAAUUCAACCUCAUCAGGAAGAGAUAGAAAUCAUCAAUCUGGUUACUGAGGAAGACAAGAUAGAUAUCAAGAUUGGGGCAUCGUUGGAUGUAUCUGUCAAGAAAAGAGUAAUUGAGAUUAUCAGAGAAUAUGUUGAUAUAUUCGCAUGGUCAUGCAAAGACAUGCCGGGUCUAGACCCUGAUGUCGUUGAACACAGACUGCCUUUGAAGCCUGAGUGUCCUUCGAUUGAUGCAGGUUUCCUAGUCACAUCAGAGUAUCCUCAAUGGUUGGCCAACAUAGUGCCUGUUCCAAAGAAAGAUGGCAAAGUCAGAAUGUGUGUUGAUUAUCGAGACUUGAACAAGGCUAGUCCGAAGGAUAAUUUUCCUUUACCUCACAUUGAUGUAUUGGUUGAUAACACUGCUAAGUGCAAGGUUUUCUCCUUCAUGGACGGUUUCUCCGGCUACAAUCAGAUCAGGAUGGCUCCUGAGGAUAGAGAAAAGACGUCUUUCAUCACGCCCUGGGGUGCUUUCUGCUAUGUGGUGAUGCCAUUUGGUUUGAUAAAUGCUGGGGCCACUUACCAAAGGGGCUUUAUUGUCAGUCAAAAGGGUAUUGAAGUUGAUCCCGACAAGGUCAGAGCCAUCAGAGAAAUGCCUGUUCCAAAGACAGAGAAGCAAGUCAGAGAUCAAGGGGUGAAGUGGAAUGAUGAUUGUCAGAAGGCUUUUGAUCAAAUCAAAGAAUAUCUGUUAGAACCUCCAAUUCUUGUUCCUCCAGUUGACGGAAGACCUUUGAUCAUGUAUUUAACAGUACUGGAAGAUUCCAUGGGCUGUGUUUUGGGUCAACAAGAUGAAACCGGAAAGAAAGAGCACGCUAUCUACUAUUUGAGUAAGAAGUUCACUGAUUGUGAGUCCCGAUAUUCUGUACUUGAGAAAACUUGUUGUGCUUUAACUUGGGCUGCCAAGCGUCUCCGUCAUUAUAUGAUUAAUCAUACAACUUGGUUGAUAUCCAAGAUGGAUCCUAUCAAGUACAUAUUUGAGAAGCCAGCUUUAACUGGAAGAAUUGCUCGCUGGCAGAUGUUAUUGUCCGAGUAUGAUAUCGAGUAUCGCACUCAGAAAGCAAUCAAAGGUAGCAUCUUGGCAGAACAUUUGGCUCAUCAACCAAUCGAAGACUAUCAACCAAUCAAAUUCGACUUCCCAGAUGAAGAGGUUAUGUAUCUAAAAGCAAAAGAUUGUGACGAACCGGUGUUCGGUGAAGGUCCUGAUCCUGAAUCCGGAUGGGGUUUGAUAUUUGAUGGAGCUGUUAAUGUCUAUGGAAGUGGAAUUGGUGCGGUACUCAUUACCCCUAAGGGUACUCACAUCCCUUUUACUGCGAGGUUACGUUUUGAUUGCACAAACAACAUUGCAGAGUACGAAGCUUGCAUCAUGGGUAUCGAGGAAGCCAUCGACUUGAGGAUCAAGAAAAUUGUCAUUUAUGGAGAUUCCGCUCUUGUGAUUAACCAGAUCAAAGGAGAAUGGGAAACUCGUCAUCCUGGAUUGAUUCCCUACAGAGAUUAUGCAAGGCGUUUGCUGACUUUCUUCAACAAAGUAGAGUUACAUCAUGUGCCCCGCGAUGAGAAUCAAAUGGCAGAUGCUUUAGCUACUCUAUCCUCAAUGAUCAAUGUGAAUGGUCACAAUACUGUGCCAGUAAUCAAUGUUCAAUUUCUCGACCGACCUGCUUAUGUGUUUGUAGCCGAAGCAAUUGAUGAUGACAAGCCAUGGUAUCAUGAUAUCCAAGUUUUCCUUCAAACUCAAAAAUACCCACCUGGGGCAUCCAACAAGGACAAGAAAACAUUGAGAAAAUUGUCAAGCCGUUUCUUCCUUAACGAAGACGUUUUGUAUAAAAGGAACUUUGAUGGGGUCCUACUUAGAUGUGUGGAUAAGCAUGAAGCAGAAAAAUUGAUGCGCGAGAUUCAUGAAGGCUCUUUUGGAACUCACUCAUGCGGUCACGCCAUGUCGAAGAAGAUAUUGAGGGCUGGGUACUACUGGAUAACAAUGCACGGCGAUUGCUACAAUCACGCCAAGAGAUGCCAUAAGUGUCAAAUAUAUGCUGACAAGCUUCCAAUGGACAUCAUUUCAUAUUAG